UAAAACCUCUUCCAUUUCUCUUCUCUUCAUCCCCAUAGCUUUCAAGCUCUUAAUCUCUCUCGUUAUUCUGCUUCUUUCUUUUCUAGCAUAGAUCCGAAGCUCUGUUAGUUUCUGAGUUUCUCAUACCAAUACAGAUCCGUUGUUUCAGGGAAAAAAAAAAGAUUCUUUCUUUCUUUCUUCUUUGAUGCUGAGUAUUGUGUUCUUGAUGUUCGAGAUUAAUGUCUCCUGUGUUGAGUGAAAUCCUCCGUUCUGGGUUUAUGAUCAGUUCUUCACUCAGACGCAGAACCCAUCUUGUUCAAUCUUUCUCUGUUGUUUUCCUCUACUGGUUCUAUGUUUUUUCAUAAAUAACCUCUCAUCUCAUCAUUAACGCCGUUCUGAUCUUUACAGUUAUAAUAACUACUAAAUCCAGGUUAAAUAGUGAUAGAUAUAUAUUAAUAACCUCGAUCUGGUCGUUGAAUCAUCAGUACCUAAGCUUUUUUGAUCUAAGGUUUCUGGUGGGGAGAAAAAAAAAUGGCGUCUUUGAGCGGGAACUCGUCGGGAUCUACCCAGAUUCUUCAGAACUCCGGGUCGGAGGGGGAUUUGCAGAUGCAGGGUGCGAUGAACGAGAGGAAGCGGAAGAGAAUGCAGUCAAAUCGCGAGUCGGCGCGUCGGUCGAGGAUGAGGAAACAGAAACAUCUGGACGAUAUGGUGUCGCAGGUUGCCCAGCUGAGGAACGACAACGCUCAGAUCCUUAAUAACAUCAAUCACACCACCCAACAUUACCUUAACGUGGAGAGGGAGAAUUCUGUUCUCCGAGCUCAGGUCAUGGAGCUUACCCACAGAUUGCAGUCCCUCGACGACAUGAUCGCUUCCAUAAACUCUAUCUAUGGAAUCUUUGACUCCUCGCCGGCGCCGGCGCCGGAGAUUCUUACUGCGCCGGAAACUUUCAUGGCCAAUCCUUGGAUGUAUCUGAACCAACCCAUCAUGGCAUCCGCUGAUUCAAUGUUCCAGUGUUGAUUAAAAAGACAAUCUUGCCCUUGGUCCAGAAUCUACUAAAAAAACAAUCAUGGGGUGGUGGUAGUUUUUUUGAUUUGUUGAAUGAAAGGAUGGGAGGGGUAAAAUGGGAAUUAUAUUAAUUAUGUCAACUAUUAUUUGGUUGUUUUCCUAGUAUAAUAAUAUGAUUAGUAUAAUCUUAAUAAUUAGGUAGAUGAGUCAUGAGUAUGAUUCUGAAGGGGAAGUGGGGAGGGUGUUUUGGUCUUUCUUGAAAUGUAAAUGGAUUAUAUAUUAUUAUUAUUAUUGGAGGUAGGAUGAAUGGUUGUGAAAGCAUGUAUGUUAUCUAUCUACCCUAAUUAUAUUAAAUCUAUGUUUUAGUAUA